AUGGUGGAAAAUUCGAUUAUUCUAGGUUCUGAAUCGGUAAAAAAACGCGAUGAAGAUUCAGAUGACGUUUACUACUCCCCGUUCUGGGGAAUCGAAAAGGGCGCCGUAUUACAAGAGGCUCGCUGCUUUAACGAUUCUCAACUAGAUGCACGAAGAUGUCAGCAGGUCAUCACAAAACUUCUGUACUUAUGUAAUCAGGGGGAUACUUUCACAAAGACUGAAGCUACUGAAGUAUUCUUCUCCGUUACAAAACUAUUUCAGUCGAAGGACAGUAACCUUCGUAGAAUGGUUUAUCUGAUCAUCAAGGAAGUAUGUCCAAGCUCUGAUGAGGUCAUCAUUGUGACAUCUUCAUUAAUGAAAGAUAUGAAUAGUAAAGUCGAUCUAUACAGAUCCAAUGCCAUUCGCGUUCUUUGCAGUAUUACAGAUGCAGGACUUCUUGGGCAAAUUGAGAGAUAUCUCAAGCAGGCAGUUGUGGAUAAAAAUUCGGUCGUGUCUUCUGCUGCUCUUGUCUCAGGACUACAUCUUCUUAAGAUCAAUGCGGAUAUUGUGCGAAGAUGGAGUAAUGAAAUUCAGGAGGCAAUUAAUUCAAGCCAUCCUAUGGUCCAGUUCCAUGCUCUAAGUUUACUGCACCAAAUUCGUCAAAGUGAUCGGUUAGCUGUCAGUAAACUUGUCACUCAGCUGACUAAAAGUAAUAUUCGAUCGCCACUUGCGCAGUGUUCGAUAAUUCGCUAUGUAUCCCAGGUUAUCUCUCAAACAGUUCCAUCAGAUAACGCCCCAAGACCAUUCUUUGAUUUUCUUGAAGGCUGCUUAAGGAACAAAUCAGAAAUGGUUAUUUUUGAAGCUGCAAGAGCAAUUAUAAACUUGAAGGAAGUUACCUCUAGAGAGCUACAGCCUGCUGUUUCAGUGCUUCAACUAUUUUUAUCAUCAUCAAAGCCUGUUCUUCGAUUUGGGGCAGUGCGAGCAAUCAAUCAAAUAGCUCUGAAAAAUCCACUUUCUGUAACUAACUGUAAUCUUGAUAUGGAAAACCUGAUUUCUGAUCAAAAUCGGUCGAUUGCAACUUUGGCAAUAACCACGUUAUUAAAAACAGGAAAUGAAUCAUCCAUAGAGAGGCUCAUGAAGCAAAUUUCUGUAUUUGUAUCUGAUAUUCAGGAUGAAUUCAAAAUUGUUGUGGUUCAAGCAAUUCAAACUCUUUGCUUGAAAUUCCCACAUAAACACCGUACUCUUGUGAACUUUUUGUCAAAUAUUCUUCGAGAAGAGGGUGGAUUUGCAUUCAAGAAGGCGAUUGUCGAUUCGAUCUUUUGUAUCAUAAAAAAUAUUCCGGAUGCAAAGGAUCCAGGUUUAACCCACUUAAGUGAAUUCAUAGAAGACUGUGAAUUCACUUACCUUUCUUCUCAAAUAUUGCAUCUUCUUGGGAGUGAAGGUCCGCAAACCACAGAUCCAAGUAAAUAUAUCCGGUAUAUUUACAACAGAGUAGUUUUGGAAAAUGCUGCUAUUCGAGCGUCAGCUAUUUCUGCACUGUCGAAAUUUGGAGCCGAGUGUCCUUUACUCAGGUCUCGUGUUCUGACUCUGUUGUAUCGUUGCUUGCAUGAUAGUGAUGAUGAAGUUCGCGAUCGAGCUACCCUAUAUGUUCAAAAUUUGGAAAAGCUUAGCCUGCACGAAGUCGAUAACAGUAAUAGUCAUAAAGUCACUGACUUUGCUUUACAAGAUCUAGAGAGUUCCCUUUAUUCUUACAUCUCUGGAUGUACAGUUUCUCCAUACUCCAUUUCAAAUGUACGGAGUGCAUCUCAAAAAAGUAAAACAGAGCAUGGAAUCAGUAAAAUCUUGUCGAAAGCCGGCCAUGACAGCAGUUUUUCAGAAGAUGUCUCAUCUUCAUUUGAGCAGUCCAACCUCCUGUCUAAUCCUUUAUUUUCUGUGUAUGGAUCAGUUUUUAAAGUAUGUUCUUCAAAUUCAAGAAUUUCUCCUCUCAAUUAUUUUAUGUUUCAGAGCUCGAAACCGAUCAGUUUAACAGAAGCAGAAACUGAAUAUAAGGUAAAUUUGAGCAAUAUAAAAUUUAUUAGCACUCAUGUUCUCUCUCAGGUCACUUGCAUCGUACAUUUGUUUCAAAGUCAUGUAGUCUUUGAGUUCAAAUGUACAAACACAAUAGAAGAACAAGUACUUGAAGACAUUUCAGUAUCGAUGGAAAUGAUCGAAGGCGUUGAUUUUCUGGCAGAAAAUAGUACUAUCUCAUUGGACAGAAUGCCUUUAGGCGAUGAAGGCUCCACUUUCGUUAUUUUUGACAGAAAAGAAGGAGUUUUUGAGCAAGCAAAGUUUUCUUGUAUUCUUAGGUUCACAUCGAAAGAAAUAGAUCCUGCAACUGGCGAACCUGAGGAAGAGGGAUAUGACGAUGAGUACACGCUUGAGGAUGUUGAUUUGAAAUUGACAGAUUAUUUAAGACCGACCAAUAUUUCCAAUUUUAAAAAGGCUUGGGACUCUCUCUCCGAAGAGUGUGAAUGUUCUAGCGAUUAUGAUAUAGGAAAACGUGAAGGGCUACAGCAAGCUGUAGAAAUGGUUAUCAAUAUCAUAGGAUGUCAGCCUUGUGAGGGAACUGAAGCAGUUCCGCCUAACUCCCGCUCUCAUUCAACUCUCCUUUCUGGAGUGUGUAUUGGGGAAAGCCAGGUUCUUAUAAGAACGAACUUUGGACUUGACGAAUUGAACAAUGUUACUAUGAAAAUAACGGCAAGAUCAGAACGACUUGAUAUUUCAGAGUUGGUUCAUGCGAUCAUUUCUAAUUCUUGA